GAGGGACGGUCCUGGGACACCCGCAGGGUGCCUGCUCCCCCAAGCACCUAGGGUCAGAGGUGCUUCAGCAGCUGGCUGGGAGUGGGCGGGUGCUGGGCGCGGACGGGCCUCCUCGCCGCUCUCCCCGCCUCCUCGCUCCUCUAGAAACCGCCGCGCGUCCUCCCGGAGCUCCCGCGUCGAGAUGCCUUCCCCGGUCCUGGCGCUGGUUAGCGGCCAGGUGCUCCCGGCCUUCCUGCUCUGCAGCACGCUGCUCAUCCUCAAGAUGUACGUGGUGGCGGUCAUCACCGGCCAAGUCCGGCUGCGGAAGAAGGCUUUCGCCAACCCCGAGGACGCCCUGAGACACGGAGGCCUCCAGUACUGCCGCAGCGACCAGUACGUGGACCGCUGCCUCAGAGCCCACCGUAACGACAUGGAGAACAUCUACCCCUUCCUGUUCCUGGGCUUUGUCUACUCCUUCCUGGAGCCCAACCCGUUCGUGGCCCGGAUGCAUUUCCUCCUCGUCUUCCUGGGCCGCAUGGUGCACACCGUGGCCUACCUGGGGAAGCUGCGGGCACCCACCCGCUCUCUGGCCUACACGGUGGCCCAGGUCCCCUGCGCCUCCAUGGCCUUGCAGAUCAUCUGGGAAGCAGCCCGCCACCUGUGACUGGCCACUGACACCUCGGCUGCUGGACCACUGACCGCCAGCCACCUGGGCUGGGCCUUACUUGGGGAACUGGGCGUUCUUUCAAGAUUGGGAUAGACCCCAGGGCCUGGUUUCCUAGCAACCUGCUGAGUGUAGGCUCCUGGCCCAGCCGGCCUGUGUGUGCGCACACACAUGUGAAUGCAUGCCCCUUGGAUUCCUGGGAGAAGGCGCUGGUCGGAACCGUUUAGAGACAGGUCGUCAGGGUUGAGAGACAGUCCCUCUACUCGGGUGACAGCACCGAAGACAUCACCCAGUCUCUUCCUGCCCAAAAACAGGGAGAGCGCGCAGAGACGCAGCCCAGGUCCCUACAGCCGACAGCCCUCCGGUCCAGAGCUAUAAUAAAUGCAAACUUCUCA